AGAUGUUGAGGAAGAUUCUCCUUGUGGGCGCUGUUGCAGCUGCCUCUGCCUUCGCUCCUACCCUCCCAAGCUACGGACGCUCCGUCGCUCCUGUCGGCCCCACCAUGCAGCGCAUCGGCUCCGCCCGCCCUGCUGGUGGCAGCGCUGGAUCCCCCCGCCCCGGCAGCAUGGGAACCCCCCAGAAGGCCGGCAGCAUGGGAAAGGCUGGCAGCAUGGGAGUUCCUCCCAGGCAGGGAAGCAUGGCCCCCAAGCCCAGCGGCUCCCAGCUCAUCAACAAGCCCCGCGCUGCUCCCGUGAAGGCAGCUGCUAAGCCCGCUGCUAAGCCCGCCGCCACCUUCCGCCAGACCCCCAAGCCCGCUGCUGCCGCUAAGACCGUGCAGAAGGCUGCCCCUGUGCGCUCGGCUGUUCCCGGAGGACGCUUCUCCUACGUUUCCGACGGCCUGCCCCAGUGGGAUAUCGAGGGAGCCGACUGGGCCCGUGACGGAGGAAUCUUCGGCAAGAUCGGUGACGUCAUCUGGGCCCGCGAGGCUGAGGUCAAGCACGGACGUGUUUGCAUGCUCGCCGCCACUGGCGCCAUCGUCCAGGACCUCUACCACUUCCCCUUCAUCGACAAGUGGUACCAGGGCGAGAAGAUGUGGGGCCUCCACGACGCCGCCAUCAAGUCUGGCGCCCUCUGGCAGGUUCUCUUCUUCAUCGGCCUCCUCGAGCUGCCCUUCCUCCUCAAGCUCAGGGACGGCACUGUCGAUGGAACCGGCGACAUCGGCUUCGAUCCCCUCGGCCUCAAGAACGACCCUGACGCCUUCGCACGCCGCCAGAUCACUGAGGUCAAGAACGGCCGUCUUGCCAUGAUCGCCAUCUCCGGCAUGACCCACCACUACUUCCUCACUGGCAAGGGACCCAUCGAGUUCAUCACUCAGAUCCCCAACUUCAAGUCCUGCACUGCCGCGGCUGUCGAGACUGGUCUCUGCGUCUGAGCUCGGACUCUCUGACCUCCUCGCGAGCUUGUGACAAGUAGAAAUGAAGAUGAGAAAACAAUCUCGAGGGGUUGUC